GCAGGACACUCUCGUCAGUCUGGUUGCAAGAGUCGCAGGCGCCACACGGACCGAUCACUCUCUCACAGAAGCAGCACCAUGAAGAGCCACCAGCAGGAAGGGUGGAAUGUGCCGGCGUCGCGCAUCGCCCGCGACACGCACAACCCCAUCAGGGCCAUCGUCGAAAACCUCAACCUCAACCCCAACCCGGAUAAGCCAAUGAUCGCGCUUUCCAUUGGAGACCCCACUGUUUUUGGAAAUUUGAGCCCUCCCGCCGAAGUAAUUGACGCACUUUGCGAGAGCGUCGAGUCUCUCAGGUACAACGGAUAUGCGCCUAGCGUUGGUUACGAGGAGGCGCGAAACUCGGUUGCCGAGUACUCGUCCAUCAAUGGUUUGCAAGUGACCGCCAAGGACGUGAUUCUGUGCAGCGGAUGCUCCUGUUCGCUGGACCUUUGCAUAACCGUGCUGGCCAACCCAGGCCAGAAUAUUUUGGUGCCUCGGCCAGGAUUCUCAAUUUACCGUACCCUGGCCGAGGGACUUGGUGUGCAGGUCAAGUACUACGACCUCCUGCCUACAAGGCAAUGGGAGGCAGAUCUGGCGCAGUUGGAGGCGGCCAUUGACACGCGGACCGCAGCGAUCAUAGUAAAUAACCCUUCCAACCCUUGUGGUUCUGUUUAUUCAAGGGAACACCUUUCAGCAAUAAUUGAAAUUGCAGAACAAAAUCGCGUUCCUAUAAUAGCUGACGAGAUUUACGAACAUUUUGUGUUCCAAGGACACACUUUCGAGCCGCUAGCGUCUCUCUCCAAGAAUGUCCCCAUCUUGUCCUGCAGCGGUCUCACGAAGAGGUUCUUAGUUCCUGGUUGGCGAAUGGGAUGGAUCAUUGUGCACGACAGAAACGGAGUUUUUGAAAAGGAGGUCAGAAGCGGACUGCAAAGGCUGAGCCAGCGAAUCAUCGGCAGCAACACCAUCGUCCAAGGGGCCAUUCCCAAAAUCCUAGCCACGACCCCGCAGGAAUUCUUCGACAGGACUGUUCAGCACGUUGAGAAAAAUGCCAAGCUUGCCUUUGAAGCUUUGAGGCAAAUCGAGGGACUGACGCCUGUGAUGCCACAAGGCGCCAUGUACAUGAUGGUCGGAUUGGAUUUGGAAAAGUUCCCUUUGUUCCCGACUGAAAUCCAGUUUGUCGAGCAACUCGUGACAGAGGAGUCUGUCUUUUGCCUACCAGGAAAGUGUUUUGAUUACAACGGCUACAUUCGACUGGUUCUAACCGUGCCUUCAGAAAUCUUGAUCGAGGCAUGCAACCGAAUUGAACUUUUCUGCCAACGACAUUUGCACUUACCUUUGGAAGAGGACGCGUCACUCGACGGUCUCGAGAAGCACCUGAGCAUGGAGCAGGACUCGAGCGACCUUUGCCCCGUCCUGCCGGUGCCUUCGGUGCCCGUCACGCUGGGCGAGGACCGGCGACCCUGAGGAAAAUAGAAAACGCGACAUUAGAUUGAAUUAAAACACAGAGUCAAGAGGCAGAAAAAGUCGAACAAAUUGAAAUUGGCGAGAAUCGAAGGAGAGCCGCGGCUGCCAGAGGAAUCAAUGCGAUAUACGAGUGUGAUAUUAUAGAAUAAGGGUGCAGAUUUCGUAACAAAAAAAUGUGUCCUGAAUUUUAUAUUACGUCCCUGUCUGACAACACACACGAGACCCUGCUGUCGCGACGAUGUGUCCAGUAUUUUUAUCUCGAGGUGCGGCUCCCAUUAAAAUUGCGCUUAGCCUCACUUUAAAAAUAUAUUUAUUUCAUUUGUUUUUACGUGUUUUUACUUAAGAGCAUAAGUAUUGUACAAGGGGUGGAAUCAUUUAUUUUUUAAGAACGUGGAUCCAAGUUAAUAUGAGUUAUAAUUAUUCUCAAUUAUGUCAUUAUUCUAUUUUGAUUCUUUGUUCGUAUCUUCUGGUCGAGAAUUUUAUAGCCCUACAUUUUCCUCGAUCAAAUUAAUCUCAUUUAGUUGGACCUUUUUGAGCUUCAAAUCAACGAUUCAUUUAAUUUUAAACGUUCUCAAUAAAUGUUAAUGAAAAAACUAUAAAUACAUAAAACCGUAAGUGCUCAAAUUAAAAAUGGAUAAUUAUUAUUGAUUAAAUUCGCUGCUAACUGCAUUUCAUGUGUGUGGUUGUGUUGUUCAAAAUACUGUUACUCAUUGUACCUUUAAUAUGACGAAUAAAUAAUUUUAGCAGUGCUGACGAAAAAUUUAAUUACAAUAAUU